UCGCAAAUCGUUUUAUUAUUCUACCGCGGUCAUAAGUUCAGAGGUGUCCUCUCGUGCACGCUUACCGAGUGGCGAUUUCAGCAAACGUUAGACGCGCACUUUGGACAUUUUCAGCCGGUGGCAGUAGUUAAUAGGGAAUUUGCCUUCGAGUGGAUAAACAGUGGCAAGCUGCUUCUACUAAUCGAACCAAGUGUUUUUGAGGAGUGUAAUCGCACAGAUUUUAUCAAUACCUAGUGGAUACGGGCAGCAUUUUAGUGCUAAUAUGAAGCUCUUGAUUACCUUCACGUUGACUCUGCUAGCAUGCACCCUCAUUGCAGCACAGGAUGACGUUCAAAUUGUGCAGUUUACCAACGAAAACAACCUUGAUGGAGGAUACAAUUUUGCUUACGAACAAUCCGACGGCCAAAAACGUGAAGAAGUCGGUGUCCUGAAGCCGGUGGAGGGUGCCGAAGCACCGGCCAUUUCCAUCACGGGAUCGUACGAAUUCACGGAUCCGAACGGACAGCGAUUCCGAGUGGACUACACCGCCGAUGAGCGCGGAUAUCGGCCAACGGUGACUAAGCUGUAAUCGAUUCUCAGACAGAGUGACAAUGCGCAAUUAUAGUACAACAACGAAACGAUAGGAAGUUUGACGAUAAAUUUGACAAAGUGCGACUAGCUGUUUUGGAAUAAACAUUUUGAACAUUUUGAACAAUAAAUUAAA